AUGGGAGAGACGGUGCAUACAACAGCUGUUGCCUGGGUUCUUCAACAUUCAAGAAAGCCACUGUUGAAUCAUAUCAACGUUAAAAAUUCUGGUAUCAUGUCGACCUAAGACAGCAUACAUUGAAAAUAUCCAGAAGAAAAGCAGCCAUUCCUCACACCUGACCAGGCUGAAUGUGUUUGGUCAGGUGACCCCAGUUGCUAUGAAGCACUGAAGUCAAGCACCUGUUCUGUGGAGUCAAAUGAAUAAUUCACACACCUACUACACUGAGUAGAGCAGAUCAUGGGCUGAUCAGGACCGCAGCAGUGGAGCAGGUCGUUGCUCCGAUUGCGAGUCACCUUUGUUACCUGGUGCUGCUGUGUGACAGUGCAGAGGAUGUGGAGCAGUUCAGCCAGCUGGAGGAGGCGGCUCAGGCUGUGGCUAAAGCUACGGAGAACAUGGCAGCAGUCACGUCCAGGCAUAUAAGUGACACAGAAGAUGAAGUUCUGCACAUGGAGAUGUCAUCGCUGUUGGAGUCAGUCAGUGUUUCAGGACAACAUGUGCUCCUAGCAGCCCAGAAACUCACCAUCCAGCCUGGUUUAACCGAGCACAGAGAGGAGCUCAUCACUGCUACACAAAACGUCUUCUUAGGAGUAGUCAAGGUUCUGUUAGUGGACGAUGAUGCUAAAGUCAGAAGAGUUGUAGCUGCUGCUGAUGAAGUUUUGGAGCGCCUUUCCCAGCUCGGCUCCUCCUCGGACAUCAAAUCUCUGCUCAAGUCCUUUCAGAUGUUUUCUGAGGCUCUUCUCCACCUCAAAAGUCUAACAGUGGAGAGAGCAAACUCACUACAGGAUCCCAGACAAACCCAACAGCUUCUUGAUUCCUCGGAUAUCCUGAGGAAGUGCAUUUCCAUGCUGCACACAGCCAUGUGUACGACCAUCAAACACCCUACCAGCGAACAGGCCAAGGAAGCCAAGAGGUACAUCCUGGACAAGGUGCAGAGCACAGUGAACGACAUUGUUAUCACCCUGAAAAGUGAAUGCCAGAGCGGAUCACUUGGACCCUGUGGGUACUACACAGCUAGGAGGAAUAAUCUGCUGCAAAUACUUACAGACUCCUCCACCUCGUCAAUCCAAGGCAGUGGCUUCAACAGCUUGGUGAGAGAUCUCGUUUUUCAUUGCAUGGUGAUUGCAAACUCCUCUCGCAGAGAGUUUCAGCAGAAAGUGGUGGGCCACAAUCGUCAAAUCCUGCAGUUUUGGGCGGACAUACAAAAUAUCUUAAAGUCCCCAGAAGAUUCUGAGCUUAGCUUUGAGAAGACCUGCAAAUUAUUGAUCCAACAAAUACAGAUGCUUGACAAAAUUUUGAUGACCAGCGCUCUUUAUCAAGUCUUGGAUACAUUUCUCUCAGCUUCUUCCACACUUAAGGAACUUUUAAGUGUCAUGAAACAGACUCUAGCUGUAGAGUCUUCAACAGAUCUUGAUCUGAGCAUUAUACAGCCUCUGGUUGAAGAUUUUAUAUCCUCCACUGAUGGGAUAAUCCAGUUGGCAAGCUUCGUCUCAUCUGUGGCCGCUGACGCCAAAAGUUUGGAGAAUGUGGAGAACUCACGAGUGUGCCUCACACGACUCAGAGCUCAGAUCGCGCCUCUUUCCUUGGAGUUGGCGGAUAAUUCAGUGCAGACAGUUCGAAAACUUAAUGAGGUGUGUCAACAUUGGGAAGAGGAGACAAGUCAGCUUAUAGAUGCUCUUAGUGAUGUCCUAGAUGUGAGGGAGUUCACCAGUGUGGCUAUAAAUGAGAUGGUCAAUGAUCGGCAUGGAUGUGACUCAGCGUACAGAGAGCAGAGCUAUAAACUCUUCAACGAACAUGCGAUGAAUCUAAUUUCUCACAUGAAGAUGGUAGUUCAGUCUGUAAGGAGGCACUUGGAGAGAAGUGAUGACCCCAUCUACAGGAAUGGCCUCCUGGUUCUGCUGAAACAGGUUCAGACGUCUCAAGCCGAAGUGGGCGAAUCAGUCAGAGACAUGCUAGUUGGUUCAAGUUUAAAUGUAGAGGUUUAUUCUACUUUUUCAAAUAAUGUCUCCAUGGCAGUUCAGCAUGUCAAAGUGCUCAGAAAGGGACUGGACGGACAACAUCAUCCACAUCUCCUGAGUCCACUGAGAGAGGGGGUGCGUCAGCCCGAGAUCCCACAGUCUUGUGCCCCAGUCAAAGAAGAUGAUGUUUUGAAUCUGGUUCACAUGAGAAAGGGCUCAGAUUCUCCUGUUUUGGAGGUUAUAGAGAGGGAUUCCCAAGGAGAGAAGGAGGAAGAUCAAUCAGACGAGGAAACUAUAGAAGCAGAGCUGCCUCGUAAAUAUGACAGAGAAGAUUUAGAGAUCCCAGCUGUGUCUGCAGAGCCCAAACUGAUCCACAAGGCUCAUGAAUUUGACCUCCUGCCCCUCUUGUAUGAGGUUGUGACUGUGACUAAAGGGAAAGAUGUGACAGCGCUCAACCAGGCCUGCACUGGCGUGCUUGAGGUGUCCAACUGCUACGCUCAAGCUGCAAAGGAAGCCUCAGCUGUCGUUGACGCGGUCGAUCGUCAAACGCUGGAAAGCUUCAGAGCAGAGCUGGUGUCACUGACCCCGCUGCUCGUACAGACGGCUCAGGAGACGGCGAUGAGCUCAGCUAUGAGUACUGAGAGCAUCUACAAACACAGCACACAGUUUUCUGACCUUAUUAGCAACACCAGGAAGGUUUUGCUGCCAGUCGCUGGAACUUGGUAUCAUGCUCUUUACAACGAGCUGCAAGGAAAUCUUCAAACAAAAGCAGUUGCUGUUGCACAGACACUAAAUGAUGUCAUGGCUUUGUGUGCUGACGUGGUCCAACUCUUAACUUCAUCUGAUUUGACCUCAAAAAGUGACAGUCAGGAAACCUUCAGCAUUUUGCACAACAAACUGAACAAAGCCCAGAACAACACAAGGUAUCUAGUAGAGUUUUCCACCUCAAUGGAAGGACAGGUGGAUCAGUUAGACGGCUUAUGUAUCCUCUGGGGUCUGUCCAUUCAGAUUCUGCUUAAAUCUCUUGAUAAAAUUUUGGGAACAUCAACUGCGAUGAACCACAUGGGCCCUCAGAAGCAGCUAUCAGUAUUGUCUGAGAAUUCACUACGAAUCCAAGAGGCAGCAAGGCUAACUAGCCUGAACUGUAGAAGUGCUUUCAAAUCCAAACAAUUAACAGGAUAUCAGGAUGAACUUAAAGUGUUGACUGAAGCCUAUAUCAAAGCUGCUGAAGAGCUUGAUUUAAUGACCAAUGUGGUGCAACUUGCAAGAUCAGAGCUCUUACAAAGACAUCUUUUGAUAAAAAUUAGAGUCCUUUCUGGUCAUUUGAGCAAAGCCAAUAAGGAUUAUGACUCUGCUCUUCAAAAUAUCACCAGCAUUGCUUAUUUUGCUGCUGAACACUUCAGAGAGAACAACACAGAAGAUGCAGAGCAGAAAUUUGAAAACGCAGCACAACCUCUUUCUGAAAAUGUAAAGCUUGCAACCAAAAAAGUUGAAGAUUGCUUGAACUACAUCCGUGACCCACACGCCCGCUCUAAUCUGAGGUCUAUCAACGACCACUUGUCUUUCCAGAUCUCUGAUAUAAUCAGCAGAGCGAGACUCAUGGUGGAGACUCACUUCAUAAGUGAUACACUAAGCCUAGAUGUGCAGAUACAGUGCUGGUCUGCCAAAGCUCACUAUGUGACGGAAGAGAUCAGGAAGCAAGACGGGAUCCAUCAAGAGGCUAAGGAGCACAUUAAGGCAGGUCUGCAGGGCAGAACACCUGAGGAUAUCAAAGAUUGGUCAAGUUCAGUCCCAUCUAGAGUCAAAGAAGUGGAGUUUCCCACAGACAUUGCAAUGACUUUCCCCCAGAAAGUUGAUAAAGAAAGAGUAGAUGCUGCAGAACCCAGCAUUCCCAUUAUGGCUGUGGUCGAACAUGUGACUGAAAAUAUGGGGAAAGAUGAUGUUGCAUACAAAGAAGCUUCUUCACUCACCUACACCUCCCUUUUUCUGAAGCAAGAAAGUGACAGCUGGGAUCCCAAGGACAACCGAAUAGUCCAGGUGACCAGGAAGAUGGCUGACACCAUAUGUUACAUGACCCAGUACCUGAAGCAUAAAGGCCCAAUACCGAAUAAAGAGGCAUUUGUAACUGCAGCCAAAGAUGUGAUCUCAAACUGCCAAUCAGUGACUCAGUUUAUCAGGAUCAUUGCCAACCACUGCUUGGAUAAACAGUGCACUGUUGAACUCUCCCUCAUUGUUGAACAGAUUCUCACCAUCACCAACCAGCUCAACAUCAUCUCCAGUGUCAAUGCUGUGACACCAGGCUGUAAAUCAUCCGAUGAGAUCCUGGUGAAGAACGCACAAAAUCUACUCCAGACUGUCCUGCGUGGGGUCCAUGCUGCAGAGACGGCCUGCAUCACAGGGUUGAAGCAGCCUGAGCCAAACUCGGAUGGUGCUGAGGCCACAGCUUUGUGUUUCCAGUGGAGGAGAAAACUGGAGAUCCAUCGAGCCCAGCAGACAUCCAACCCAGAGACUGAUGAGCUGGGUUUGAGGAAAACCUCAUCUCACCCAGUACCACCAAGUCUUGCUCCGUCAGUAAAUGUGACAAAUACCAGCCCAAAACACAAAUAAUAAUAGUGUCCUCCCCAAAACACCCUGAAACAUCUUUCAUCAUAUUGCAUGCAAAAGUAAGAUUCAAACCAUGACUUUUUGUAUUGACAGAAGCAGUCUGACCCUUUACUCAGUCCUUAGUUGAAGCACCUUUGGCAGCAACUACAGCCUCGAGUCUUUUUGAAUAUGCUGCAACAAACUUUGCACACAUGGAAUAGGAAAUGUUCUGCCAUUCUUCUCUCAAGCUCAGUCAGAGUGGACGAGACUGUUGGCGACCAGCCAUUUUCAUGUCUCUCCAGGGAUGAUUUCAAGUCAGGGCUCUGGCUGGGCCACUCAAGGAAAUUCACAGCCACUCCUGUGUUGUCUUGGCUGUGGGCUUAGGGUCAUUAUCAUGUUGGAAGAUGAACCUUAGGCCCAUUCUGAGGUCCUGGGCCCUGCUGAACAGAUUUUCAGUGAUAUCUCUGUACUUUGUUCCACCCAGCUUUCACUCAACCCUGACCAGUCUCUCAGUCCCUGCUGCUGAAAAACACCCCCACAGCAUGCUGCUGUCACCACCAUGCUUCACUGUUGGGAUGGCAUUGGGCAGAUGCCUAGUUUCCUCCAGACAUAAUUAAGGUCGAACCUUCAAAAAGAGGGAUCAGUGAAAGUGAAAGAUUUCUAAAAACAUAAAGUUUGUGAUGGUGAGCUGAAGCAAAGGAAUAAAAUUAAACCACAGUUCAAA